AAGAGCCGGAAAGAGCACAAGCUGGUCAUGUGACUUGUGCGCGUGACCACAGGCGUCUCAGCUGGUGAAAGACCGGAGGACAGUUUUCGUUUUACGCAUCGUUGAUGCAGUUCUAAAUUACCUUUCCGGCAGAAAUAUUGAAUGACACGUGAGGAGACUGGCCACCAUGGCAGAUGAAUUAAAAAGAUACCUGUACAAACAGUUGCAAAGUGUUGAGGGUCUUCACGCAAUCGUGGUUACAGACCGAGAUGGGGUUCCAGUUAUCAAAGUUGCCAAUGACAACGCUCCAGUCCAUGCGCUGAGACCAGGCUUCCUGUCCACAUUUGCUCUGGCAACAGAUCAAGGGAGCAAGUUGGGCCUCUCCAAAAACAAGAGUAUUAUCUGUUACUACAACAGCUACCAGAUUGUGCAGUUCAACCGGUUACCUCUUGUCAUCAGUUUUAUCGCCAGCAGCAAUGCCAACACAGGUCUCAUCAUGAGUUUGGAGAAGGAUUUGGCUCCACUAAUAAAUGAGCUGAGACAGGUCGUAGAAGUGACAUAAAGUUAGACCAACCAUCAAAGCCUCAGAGUUCCACAGAGGAACUUCCCCAGGGUUUGUGUUUGUAUCUUCGUCACUUCAAUCAUGAUUUAAUAUAUACACUCUGUGCUGUGUUGAAAACCAUCCGAUAUUGGAAGUCUGAAUAAAUGUUUGAUUUUAAUACAUCAAA